AUGCAGUUGGAGAAAAUCGUUAGAGACGAUUUUUGGCGUGGAGUUCUCUAUGAAGCUCUUAUAUGGUUGAAUCUUUCAUCUUCAUCCAUUUUUCUUUGGUUUUUGAUCUUUCUAUGGCUAGACAUAGCUAAAUCCCUGUUUGUUGGGAUUGGACUGUCUCUACUUGGAUAUCUGCUGUACUUCGAAAAAGAAUGGCAUGCUGUUGCUUCAUGGACUUGGGAUGCCCAGGAUGAAACCUGUGGGAUUUGUAGGAUGGCCUUUGAUGGAUGUUGUCCUGACUGCAAACUUCCUGGAGAUGACUGCCCACUGAUUUGGGGUGUAUGCAAUCACGCAUUUCAUCUGCACUGUAUCCUGAAAUGGGUGAAUUCUCAGACAUCACAAGCGCAUUGCCCCAUGUGCCGUAGGGAGUGGCAGUUUAAAGGAUGAGAGCUCAGGUUUUCAUUUUCUUUUUCGAGUGUGACCAGAGAGCAAUGUAAAUUGGUAUGGUUAAUUCGAAGAUGAAUUGUUUCCUUCAUGUUAAAUCUGUAUCUUCAUUGUAACUUGUAAGGAGAUCGAAAUCAAAGUUUCUGUUAAGUGCAAGUUUAUUUUUUCCAUUAAUGACUAAUGAUAAUGUCCUUUUCCUUUGUUUUCUAA